GGAUUAGGAGGGAUUUAGCGAGAAGAGACGGGACCUAAAUUGGGAGAAAAAGAAUAUGAUAAUAAUAAUAAAUAUUGCAGAUGCCGCUCUAGUCGCACUGAUGGGAUGGGAUGAUAAGAGAGAAAUUGAUUCAUCUGGAUACAUCCUCCUGCCGGCGCCCCUUUGGCCCGAUUCCUCCCCUCGAUCCUCGGCAUAUCAGAGGAAGCGCCAAACUAAUCGGGUGCUGACCAUGCAGACUUAGCCACCAUGUCGCAUGGGUUAGUUUGCGUUAAGUCAACUGACAAGUCA